AUGGCGGAGCGAGAGAGCGGCGGCCUGGGCGGGGGGGCCGCGUCCCCGCCUGCCGCCUCCCCGUUCCUGGGGCUGCACAUCGCGUCGCCGCCCAAUUUCAGGCUCACCCAUGACAUCAGCCUAGAGGAGUUUGAGGAUGAAGACCUCUCCGAGAUCACCGAUGAGUGUGGCAUCAGCCUGCAGUGCAAAGACACCUUGUCCUUACGGCCCCCACACGCCGGGCUGCUCUCCGCGGGCGGCGGCGGCGGCGGCGGGGGGAGCAGGCUGCAGGCCGAGAUGCUGCAGAUGGACCUGAUCGAUGCGGCGGGGGAGACUCCCGGCGCCGAGGACGACGACGAGGAGGAGCGCGCCGCGCGGCGGCCAGGAGCGGGGCCACCCGAGGCCGAGCCCCGCCAGGAGACGGUGCCCCGCGGCCAGAGCCAGGGCCAGGGCCAGGGCCAGGGCCAGGGCCCGGGCCCGGGCGGCGGAGACACGUACCGGCCCAAGCGACCCACCACGCUGAACCUCUUCCCGCAGGUUCCGCGGUCUCAGGACACACUGAAUAAUAACUCUCUGGGCAAGAAGCACAGUUGGCAGGAUAGGGUGUCGAGGUCAUCCUCACCACUGAAGACAGGGGAGCAGACGCCUCCGCAUGAGCACAUCUGCUUGAGCGAUGAGCUGCCGCCCCCCAGCAGCCCCGCGCCCACCAAGGAUCGAGGCACCUCCACGGACAGCCCCUGCCGUCGAAGCGCCGCCACCCAGAUGGCGCCUCCCGGUGGGCCCCCUGCCGCCCCCGCGGGUGGCCGGAGCCACUCGCACCGAGACCGCAUCCACUACCAGGCGGACGUGCGGCUGGAGGCCACCGAGGAGAUCUACCUGACGCCCGUGCAGAGGCCCCCGGACCCUGCGGAGCCUACCUCCGCCUUCCUGCCGCCCGCCGAGAGCCGGAUGUCGGUCAGCUCCGACCCCGACCCCGCCGCCUACCCCGCCAGUGCCGGGCGGCCACACCCCUCUAUCAGCGAGGAGGACGAGGGCUUCGACUGCUUGUCGUCCCCGGAGCGGGCCGAGCCGCCAGUGGGAGGAUGGCGCGGGAGCCUGGGGGAGCCGCCGCCGCCUCCGCGGGCCUCGCUGAGCUCCGAUACCAGCGCCCUUUCCUACGACUCGGUCAAGUAUACGCUGGUGGUGGACGAGCACGCACAGCUGGAGCUGGUGAGCCUGCGGCCGUGCUUCGGCGACUACAGCGACGAGAGCGACUCGGCCACCGUCUACGACAACUGCGCCUCUGCCUCCUCCCCCUACGAGUCGGCCAUCGGGGAGGAGUACGAGGAGGCCCCCCGGCCGCGGCCCCCCGCCUGCCUCUCGGAGGACUCCACGCCCGACGAACCCGACGUCCACUUCUCCAAGAAGUUCCUGAACGUCUUCAUGAGCGGCCGCUCGCGCUCCUCCAGUGCGGAGUCCUUCGGGCUCUUCUCCUGCGUCAUCAACGGGGAAGAGCAGGAGCAGACCCACCGGGCCAUAUUCAGGUUUGUGCCUCGACAUGAAGACGAGCUCGAGCUGGAGGUGGACGACCCUCUGCUGGUGGAGCUGCAGGCUGAGGACUACUGGUACGAGGCCUACAACAUGCGCACGGGAGCCAGGGGCGUCUUCCCUGCCUACUACGCCAUCGAGGUCACCAAGGAGCCUGAGCACCUGGCAGCCCUGACCAAAAACAGCGACUGGGUGGACCAGUUCCGGGUGAAGUUCCUGGGCUCAGUCCAGGUCCCCUAUCACAAGGGCAAUGACGUCCUCUGUGCUGCUAUGCAAAAGAUCGCCACCACUCGCCGGCUCACCGUGCACUUUAACCCACCCUCCAGCUGCGUCCUAGAGAUCAGCGUGCGGGGCGUGAAGAUCGGCGUCAAGGCUGAUGACUCCCAGGAGGCCAAGGGGAAUAAAUGUAGCCACUUUUUCCAGUUAAAAAACAUCUCUUUCUGUGGAUACCAUCCAAAGAACAACAAGUACUUUGGGUUCAUCACCAAGCACCCUGCUGACCACCGGUUUGCUUGCCACGUCUUUGUGUCUGAAGAAUCCACCAAAGCGCUGGCAGAAUCUGUGGGGAGAGCAUUUCAGCAGUUCUACAAGCAGUUUGUGGAGUACACCUGCCCCACAGAAGACAUCUACCUGGAGUAG